AAAGAGACAACAGCAGUGCACAUCAACCGUUAGAAUGCCGCGUGCUUUUGGAAUUAUUUAGUUUUCUUCGAAUUACAAGCUUCAUUUAAAAUCUGUGUUUUAAGCCCACAAGUGAUUAAAAUAAACACGCCAAAAUGUACACAGCUGUCAAACCGCUCUCCAAGUAUCUGCAGUUCAAGUCAGUGCACAUCUACGAUGCCAUUUUCACGCUGCACUCGAAAGUGACGGUGGCUUUGCUGCUGGCCUGCACUUUUCUGCUCUCCUCGAAACAAUAUUUCGGGGAUCCCAUCCAGUGUUUGGGCCACACGGACAUGGACUUUGUGCACGCCUUCUGCUGGAUUUACGGUGCCUAUGUGCAUGGCAACGAGACCGCGGAGCCCCUGGCCAACGGCGGAGCGCAGUGCCGACCAGAUACCAUGGGUACUAUUGCAAUGGAGAAACGCCGCUACAUCAUCUACUAUCAGUGGGUCGUUCUCGUCUUGCUCUUAGAGUCCUUCGUCUUCUACUUGCCCGCCUUCCUCUGGAAGAUCUGGGAGGGCGGCAGGCUGAAGCAUCUGUGCGAUGACUUCCACAAAAUGGUUUGCAAGGACAAGAGCAGGACCCAUCUCCGUGUGCUGGUCAAGUACUUCUCCAGCGACUACAAGGAGACCCACUUCCGCUACUUCGUCAGCUAUGUCUUCUGCGAGGUCCUCAAUCUGACCAUCAGUAUUCUGAACUUUGUUCUCCUGGACUUAUUUUUCGGCGGUUUCUGGGCCCGCUACUGGGACGCCUUGCUGGCACUUUCUGAUGGCGAUUUCAACAGUUGGAACAGUAUCACAAUGCAGGUCUUCCCCAAGUGUGCCAAGUGCGAAGUGUACAAGGGCGGUCCCAGCGGCUCGCCAAACAUAUACGACCACCUGUGCCUGCUGCCUCUGAACAUACUGAACGAGAAGAUAUUCGCCUUCCUGUGGGUAUGGUUUAUUCUGGUGGCUUGUCUGGUUAGCCUGAAGUUCCUUUACCGUCUGGCCACCGUGUUGUAUCCCGGAAUGCGACUGCAAUUGCUGCGGGCCCGAGCUCGUUUCAUGCCAAAGUCGCACUUGCAGGUGGCUCUGCGCAACUGCAGCUUUGGCGAUUGGUUCGUUCUGAUGCGCGUGGGCAACAACAUUAGCCCCGAACUAUUCCGCAAGUUGCUGGAGGAGCUUUACGAAGAACAGUCCUUGACCAAGAAAAUUCCGACCGGAACGGAUGACAUAUAAAAAUUCUCAACAUGGACACUUCAUUCAAUCUCAAGUUAGUAAACUAAGCUUUCUUCUUUUCUGAAACACAUCUAUAGUAGAAGACUAAGAUGACACAUUUUCAUUCCUAUUCAUAUUACCCAUUGAUAUGUAUAUAUUAUCGAACAAAUUAAUUGUUAACUAAUCUAAACCUCAAGCUAAGCGAAAUAUAGCUUUUUCAGUUUCUCAUAUCUACCUAUAUUUCUUACUUCUCAGAAAAUUUGUUGACAACUUUUCAAUAUUUAAUUAAUUGAUUUCGGUUGAAAAUUGUAUUUUCCGCUAAUGAAUCUCUGUAUGUUUAAACUUAAAGGAAUUUUUGUUAAUUUCACGCAACAAUUAAAGGUAAACUGAUUGGUAAAUAACAA